AUUAUUGUGUCAGAAGUGGCACUUUCGCGGGAAGUUAUCACCCCGAUUGGCUGGAUGACCCAGCCAUGCGAGGGUCUUGAUUUUGGCGGUGGCAGCCGUGUAGAGAGUGUCCUGUCAAACGAGCGGGGCCGACCUAGCAGUACGCUCAAUACCAGGAGCGAAACAAUGACCACGUACAAUGACCACGUUGCCAGGUCCCGACGGCCUUGAACGCGUCGACCCGAAGGUAUCGAACGCUUCACGAAACGGAGGGGAGAGCGACGGAUUCCAAUAUUUCUCGUGGCACACUUGAGCUAACAUGGCGUGCACAGUCAUCUUCCUCGUCGUCGCCUCCCGAAGAUCGACAACACCGGCCAUGCCGACGCAGCUCGACGCGACCCGGCCCUCUUGUCUCUACUCUCGCACGCAGCCUAUCGCGACGAUUUCGACGCCCGGCAUUACGAGGCCCGAUGACAUCACUGACUGGCAUGGACAGCCGCGACCUGCGGCGGAAGCGAGGCCAAGCUCUGACAUGCUGUGGAUUACGGAUCGGCUCGUGUUGCUACCCAGCUCCCCACCGCUGCGGAUCGAUCGAGCGUUCGUCACGCAGCUACGCUGGACGACAGGCUGGCCUCCCGCUAGUACAGAUAACCGCAAGGCAGCCUCUCUGUCCACCUCGCUUGCACCAAGCACAGCCCACAACGAUCACCGUCCCGUACGAUCUGCCAAGCCCCAGAAUUACGAGACACUAGUUGGAGGGGCGAAACGAAAGGUCGCCACGGCUGCCAAGAUUACAAAGGGAGUCGGCGAAGUCGCCCAUUUGUCCUCUCUGAGAACGCUCGGUGAUCCAGAACAUGCUCAAGCAUGUGGAGCCUAUCGAGUCAUGUGGGGUAGCCUAGCCGUCGUUGGAUCCAAGAUGGAGAUGCUCUGAUAGCCUAGAGGGCGGUUACAAUACAAUCACUACUCAUAUGACCAAGGGGGUUAGCAAAGCAACUCAGACACAAAGCUGAAUUGGGGGUGUGUGGAGCAGCACCAGACCGCUCUUGUAUUGGCAAUAUCUCUGUACCUCCAACAGCACAAACCGACUGUCCAAGAAUAGCUGCUAGCAAGACUCAACCUGAUCAAGCCCACCGUUCCUCCCCGUUCGGAUGCAUCUAUCUAAGUGCAUUGUCGACAGCAGAUGAUAACAGAACAGAGACAACCAGACAAGCCACAUCACCCCAGCCCCCAGGAAGACGACGGCUAUGGCCAGCAACGCUGUGCCGUAGCUCAGGUUCUCAAACGUCGGAUUGCCGUUCAGCCUCUGCGUAGCCAGGCC